AUGAGAGAACAUGCAUAUUUUUCAGUAAACGUGAGAGACAGCAUGCAAAAUCAAGAUUCAGAACCAGAUGAGGAUCAAGAAAAUGGAGAGUCAUCCUAUCAAGCAUCCGUGUCUGUUACCCAGAGAGGAAAGAAGAGGGCGAACGAAAAUGAUAUAAAUGUUGAUAACAUGACCACGCCCAUCAAUUAUGCGAAGCGAAGAAAAACCUACAAAGGAAAACAUAGUAGCAUGAUAGUUAAUCUUAAAAAACAUCCAGCAUUGAAAAAAUAUUGCAAGUUGAUUUCCGAUUUACAAUUUCCUAAUGUGGAUGAAGUGUCGCAAUACGCUCGGCAUUCCAUUGCCAUGUUAAAAUGGUCGGUGGUAAAUUACGAAACAUUUAUAAAAGCGGGUUGGAACGGCAAAUGUAGGUUCAAUAUCAUAUCAACACCACGAAUUAAGAUCAAAUCCGUUUCUACCACCUUUGAACAGCAUCCCAAUAACCAACUCAAGUCAAUCACCACAACACUGUGGUCACUUUAUGAUAAGGGCAUAAUUCAUUCUUGUGACAUCUCACCUGCCAAUUUUAUACGUUGGCUAUUUUAUAAGGAAAAGAACUAUUAUGAUAUCGAUGUCUUAACGGUCGUUUCUGUGAUUUUGGCCGUCAUUCUAUAUAAACACACACCGUGCCGCGGCGUUGGCAGUAGUCCUUCCGAAAGCCACGUCAAAAUUGAAUUAUGGUCGAAGAUCUUUUCGACUGCAUUUUCGCUUCACGACUCGAAACUCCUUCCAACAUGGGAGUUUCAACACCUGAUUUCCGGAAAUGCGGGUCAGGGCUCAUCAAGAUCGGAUUUUGCGGCGGUCGUAAAUAACCAGUCCGAUCUUCAAUUUCCAUUUUUUUUGGUCGAAUUCGAAAAUAAUGGAUUUGAAGUUCAUAAAGAUUCCGUCGUGGUGAUUGCAGAAGCCGUUCACGAGUUUAACCGGCUUCUAAGUUUUAUACACCCGACGGAAGAAGAGCAACAAUCAUCACUUAUAUACGUUCAUGAUGAUGUGUUGUCAUUCAAUCUUAUGGGCCCUGAUAUUGGAAAAAAUAUAGAAAAUGCAUUGCGCCUAACGACGCAGCCGGUGAUGUUAAAUUAUGAUUUAAUAACGGCAUUGCCGGAAACACCUCGUGAGGCCGUUAAAUCACGAGAAUAUAAGACGAAGUUCACCCCACAGACCAAAAGAGAACUAUAUACUAUAGUCGAUGAAUCCGAUUCAUAUGAAUCUGAAUCUACUGAAUUGGAUUCAUCUAAUUAA